UGUCAGAACUGGAGCCCGCUCCACGUCGAUCGAGAAACCGGGAGCAGGAAAAGCCCCCUUUUUUCCCUGAGUGUGUGUAUAUGUCUGUGUGUUUUCACUCGGUCAGCCUCAUGCACAGCGAGCGAGCUCCCACCACAGCGGACUGGACUCCCACAGAAUGCUGACGAACAAGCCACACGCCGGGAACAAAGUGGGACGCUGUGUGCUCUUCCUCUCCGUCGUCCACAUCUACUGUGCUGCGGGCAACUCAGAAAGAGUCUCUCAGAGUCAAGAUGACACACAUGCCGUCCACAGCAGUCAACUGGACCUUCGGGAGAUAGUCUUCAUCAUCCAGAGUCAGAGUAACUCCUUUCACGCCAGGCAGGCUGAGAAACUGAGGGACCAUUUAGUCAAGCAGGCGGUGCAGCUCUCACAGGAGCCGCCAGUGGUUUUGCUUCUUCACAGUUUAUCGGAGAAUGAGGGUGACUGGAGCAUCCUUCCUCUGCUGCCUUAUUUGUCCUCCUCCUUUGGGCGAAAUUCCUCCUGGAUUGUUUUUCUCGAGGAGGAGACCAAGGUGAAGAUGACAAAGCUGGUUCAAGUGCUGGCAAAGUUUGACAAGAGCAAAGACUGGUUUCUUGGGAAACCGCUUCACGACCAAGAGUCGACCAUCAUCCAUCACUACGCCUUUGCUGAGAAUCCCUCCAUCUUUAAAUAUCCGGAUUUCUCCGCCGGCUGGGCUCUGAGUGUUCCCCUCAUCGCUCGACUUGCAAACAAAGUGAAAGACGAACCGCUUAAGUCAGACUUCACCAUUGACCUGAAGCACGAGGUGGCCUUGUAUAUCUGGGACAACGGGCGCGGUCCUCAUCUCACCGCCGUGCCAGAGCUGUGCACCGGGCCGGAGGACUCUCUGCAGACCCGACACUGUGCCACCAGUCUGAGCCGCGAGCCUCCACUGUGUGGAGCGCCUGUAAAUAAAGAAGAAAUAUUUGUUGCUGUGAAAACGUGUAGGAAGUUUCACGAGGAACGAGUGCCCGUGAUAAAGAAGACUUGGGAAAAAGACGCUUUAUAUAUCGAGUACUACAGCGACCAUGAAGACCCCUCCAUACCAACUAUCGAUCUAGGCAUACCAAAUACAGAAAGAGGCCACUGCGGGAAAACUUUUGCAAUCCUGAGAAGAUUUCAGAGCGGGAACAUCCCAAAGACCAAGUGGCUCCUCAUCGUGGACGAUGACACGCUGAUCAGCCUUCCCCGACUGCAAGCCCUGCUGAGCUGCUACGACCCGUCUGAACCUGUGUGUCUCGGGGAGAGGUACGGCUACGGCCUGAGCCAGGGAGGCUACAGCUACAUCACCGGAGGAGGAGGCAUGGUGUUCAGCAAGGAGGCCGUGGAUCAGCUCCUGAAGAGUGGCUGCAAGUGCUACAGCAACGACGCUCCGGACGACAUGGUGCUGGGAAUGUGUCUGAACGCCCUUGGACUUCCUGCCACGCACAGUCCGCUUUUUCACCAGGCUCGCCCGGAGGACUAUUCCCGAGACUUUCUCUCUCACCAGUUGCCCAUCUCCUUCCAUAAACACUGGAACAUUGACCCAGUUGCGGUUUUUAACAAAUGGCUUAAGGAUGAUACGACAAAUCCCGCUGGACUCGCAAAGAAAACAGAACUUUAAAGUGUGUUCCUCAUGAAUUGCUGCCUGUGACAACAGGACUUCUUCAGUGUGUCCAUGACUGUACUGUGUGUUUCCACGACUGAGCGGCCGGUGACUUGCAUGUUGUGCGUUAUUUUUGGAGAAAUGUGUGUAUUUAUAAAUAUAUAUGACGAAUCAGACUUUUUUGUUUUUUCUUGCUGUCUUCAACAACACUGUAUGCUCUGCUCUAUUUUGAUAUAAAACACUUGAAAUUGGUCCUUGUCUCUUUCU